AAAAAAGUUUAUGGCGAUCAGUGCCUACCCCGUAGUAAUGUGCAUGAGUGGUUCACGAUCAGAAGAAGCCGAAAAAAAGUGAUUUUUACCUAUUUGGAAAACUUCAUUUGCCUGGUUUCAGGAUAUUUCAGCUAUCCAAAAGGCGAUUUUUUUAACAGUCCUGUUUCUUUUGCGACAGACCUUGUAUUAUUACAGGCGAUGAAUCUUGGAUCUAUGCUUACGACUUGGAAACAGACGAUCGAUCAACCGAGUAUCGUGGUAAAGGUGAGCCGAGCACGAAAAACCCUCGUCGAACCAAGUCAAAAAUCAAGUAUAUGUUAAUAGUUUUCUUCGAUUAUGCAUCGCCGCAUACUGCUUUGAUUCUUGGAGAGUUUUUGAUCAAAUUUUCAACGGUGCCGCAAUCACUUACUCGCCUGAUUUAGCUCCGUGUAACUUCUGGCUAUUCAGCAAACUCAAACGACCGCUUCGGGGAAACCGUUUUCAGUCAAUUGAAGAAACGUGCAUCGCUACACGCAUUGAAGGCUAUUCCGGAUAUUUACUUUAACACUGCUUCGAGCAUUGAAAAAACGUUGGCACAAAUGUAUUACCGUCGAGGGGGAUAACAUUUUGAAGAAUAAAUUAAGAAUUUUAAAAUUAUGCACAAAGUCUUGCUAUUUUUUGCUCAUAUUAGUAUGUAUGUAUGUACAUACCAUAUUACUGAUAUAGAAUGAGUGUAUUGAGCAGAAAAUAAUCUAAAUAAAAAAAUUCCAGUUUUUACCAAAUUUCCAUAUCAGAAGUUCGAAUCAAAGUCAAUCGCGUUCAUUUUCAAAACAAUGCUUAUAUUUAAUAAUUCAACAAUUUAGUUCAAUUACGCUAAAUCAAUCAGAGGUGAUUAUAUUAUUUUGUGCGUGUGCGACUGACUGCGAUUAUUGACAAAGUUUUCGUUUCGCAUAGCUUGAUACUCGAUCACUUCAAAAUGGCAAGGUUGCUGAUACAACACAUUUUAUUUAUAAAUUUCGCGCUUUUCGGAUAUGUGCACCCGACAGUUAUACCCACCAAUCUGGAAUGUGAUUUUAAUAGAGAAGUUUGCGAUCCCUCCAAAUGCCUGUUGCAGCAGGGACGUGGAAAAUUUAAAUACCUAACUGCAGCCUGUAACUUCAUAAAGCCAGUGAAAGCUUUAUUGAUAGAUAUUGAGUUAUUGCGCCGCAACAAAUUGGGUAAUUACGAAAGCCUGAAUAUGCGGGCAUCCGUAGAUGUUUGUAAGUGGGAAAUGGUUAAAGGUGGCAAUGUCGCUAUCAAUAAUAUCAUGGCAAUGAGCUUGCGCAGAUUAAGCAGCAUAAAGUGUCCACUACGGGGUAACAUGAAUGUAACGCGUAUGCCAUUAUGGCUUUUCAUAGUGGAAGGUUUUCUUCCUGAUGCUGAAUAUAAAAUGUUCGUUAGAACACACAAUGAUGCUAUGUCAGUAUUAAAUUUGAAUCUUUCCUUUAGUGUCGCUUCGGCGAAAAAUCGAAAAUAAAAGUGUAAACUAGUUACCGCUU